AAAGCCCAAGAGUGAGGCCGUAUUGGAUUGAGAGAACUCUGUGGAGAGAGAUGUGUAAGUAUUGGGAUACUGAAGAAGCCCAAGCCAAGAGUUCAACCACAUCAGCAGCUAGGAUGUCUGACCGUAAUGGUCUUGGUCCUCACAAGCAUGUUUCUGGUCCAAAGUCCUUUUUACAAGUGGAGCAAGAGAUGGUAUGUUACAUGUCUGUUUUAAAUACUUGUUUUGUUUAUUACUUGCUGACAUCUCUGUUACUAUAUUUCAGAAAGUUGAAUUGGGAAGACCUCCUACUAUUGGAGAAGUGUUCAUCAGAACUCAUACCAAGAAGGAUGGGACAUUUGUGGAUAGGAAGGCGCAGGAAAUCCAUCAGGCAUAUCUCAAGAACAAGGCAGCUAAGUUGGCUGCCCUGCAAGAGAAUGAUGAACAGUCUGAUGGUAAUUCGCGUCAGUCUGAGCUGUCUCAUGAGGAGGAUGAUGAGAUAUUUCUUCAGUCUACUGUCACAAAUGAUAGAGGGGAUUACUUUGGAAUUGGCAGCUUAGGGGUUUACAUCAACGGGAAGCGCAAGUACGCAUGAAGCAUCUCUUCUUUCACAACCCUGCAGUCACAGCUUGAGGAUGCUAACCGCAAGAUAGAGGAACAAGCAGCUCUACAAGCAGCACGUGAAGCAGAGGCAUUGCGGGUCGCAGCAUCACAAGCAGCUGAGAUCAAGCAUUUGUCGAUGGUGAAGAAGUACCUGAGUGAAACUGACCCUAAUUUCCUGGCCUUCCUCAAUUCCCAAUCAACUCCUGCUGCGGAUGAUCAU